AUGACUAACGAUUUCAAGGGGACAUCAUCCGCAGCAUCCAGGGUGCUGAUUAAUCUUCUUGCUCGUCUCUUAAAGCAUGCGAGUGAUCUUUGGAUGAUAAUUGUGGAGGGGGAUAUCAGUGUUGAGGGUGGAGGUGCAGCCAUGCAGCAAAGCUCAUUCGUUGAUUUCCGAUCCAAGAUGGCAUUUGCGUCUGCUUUUCGUCGCAUUCUCAGUGGAUCUUCGAUGAGUCCUCCUAUUCUCCAGCCUCAGUUCUCUUGGGUUCGUUUCAAUUCAACACUCACAUCCCCAAAGCUCUUUGUCAGUGGGCUUUCAAGAUUAACAACUGAUGAAAAGCUUACAGAAGCAUUUGCCCCAUUUGGCAAGCUUAUUGAAGCAAAAGUCAUUAUAGAUAGAGCCUCUGGAAGAUCGAAGGGGUUUGGUUUUGUUACAUAUGAAACAAUAGAAGAAGCUGACAAAGCUCGGGAAGGAAUGAAUGCCAAGUUCUUGGAUGGAUGGGUUAUUUUUGUUGAUCCUGCCAAGCCAAGGGAGCCGAGACCUCCACCUCAACCAGAGGCACAGCCAUCUGAAACUGGUUUCAGAACAAAUAAGACUAUUGGUUGGUGCGGUUGAUUGCUUGAGAAGACUUUGGCCUAGAUCACCAUGGUAAACAGUUCGUCUAGGAAAAGUAGCCUCAAGUUAUAUUCGUAGGAUUAGUGAUAUUGUUGGACUAGAGGGCAAUUUAUUUGUGACCAACUGAUAUGUAGUACACAUUUUGUUGCAUGUCUGUUUGAGUUCUGUUAUAGUUAUAUAACUUAUAUUAAACCUGUACCUUUUAUGGCAUGAACCUGAUGUAUGUAACUUUUGCGGCCUAGACUUUUGUGGUUUUUUUCAGAGUAAAAUGCUUUUGUUUUGAAAUAAUGGAACAUGUAUAAUCUAUAAUUUAUAAUAUAAAAUGCCUUUAGGUACAGGUUGUCCCUAAUUACCAAAAUGCCGAAUAUAUAAAUAAAAUUAAUGACGAAAGUGUAUAACGUACAUAUUUAUAAUUCAUCUCUACCCUUUUUCUUUUUCUCUACUCCAUCACUUGGAAUAUUGGAUUCGGAAACAUAGCAGUAUUCUGGAAUGACAGACAUAAUUUGAAAAAAGAAAACAAAUAAAUGCUAGUUAAUUAGUUGGAUAGAGAAAGGUUAAACAUAAAGUUAAAUGAUGAACACAAAUUAUGUACUUAUAAAAAUAUAAAUAAUACAUUAAUAUUGCUAUGCUUAUAAAAUAGUUUUAUCAUUUUUUUUUUACAAAAAUAAUGCAAAUUGUUAGAACAAUAUGUCGUAUUAACGAUUUUUUGUGAUGUUGAACAUUCUUUAAACUACUUUUGGUAGUUGUUUAUUUGAAAAUUGUUUACACCCACCAUGUUGGAUGACAGGUCCACCUAUGAAUAGUGGGUCUUAUUUAAAUUCAUAAUAUCUACCAUUUAUUAAAAUUAAGUGGAGAUAUAAUAAAACUUUUAUUAGUUUUUGUAUAGAUGAUAUAGUGAGAAGAGGAUGAAGCGUAAAUUUCAUAAAUCAAACGGCCUACUGCAAUCUAUUUAAUAUUACAGUUGCGAAGUUGAAUUCUAAACUUAUAAAACUACAACAAUUGUCAAAAUUGAUCCAAUCUUUAUCUACUUUAAUCUAAUAGUAAAAAAUUCAUACCAAUUUUUUUUUCUGGUCCAAAAAUAUCAACUUCUUUACACGAUCUCCAAUGUCAGCUAGAUUUAUUAUAUAGUAUUUUCAAACAUAGGGAUAUUGCUAGAUGUAUAAUAUAUGGCAAUGAUUUUAGACAAAUUCAGAUCCAGGGCUUUCGAACAGUGCCAAAGAUCACAUGCAUUAUUAGCUCAUAGUCGGGCCCCUGUAGUUAUUCAGAUAUUCAAUUACACUCCCUAUUUCUUUUAAAAUUUCACUGCACCUCCUUAUAGAUUCUAGUGUUGAAUCAAUGACAUCCCCUACCGUUCACUGCAAUCUCUAACAACCUAAAUUCUAGAAAGUGGAAAUUAUGACUUAAAUUUUGUAUUUAUGCCAGAAUAUACCCUCCAGUUGCACCAGCUUAUAACUUGGCCACCUACUUGAAGAAAAUUAAGUCUCUGAAAAAAGAACAAAGGUAUGAAGAUGUAACGAAGCCUCAAUUUUUUUUUUGUUUAUAAUAUAUCCGGAUUUUGUGGAAUUUUUUUUUUUUGAAUCUUCAUUGGCAUCUCUUGUCAGAUUAAUUGAGUUAACUAUAAUGUAAUUUUAUUAAAAUAUCCAUGAUAUAUUUUAAAAUUUUGUUUUUAAUCGACUUGAAUCAAAUUUUAAUCUACUAGUAUUGAAUUUUAA